UCGACAUAAAUUCUCAAGAUUAGCAUGGCUCGAUGGUAAUAAUAUUGCUCAGCUACAAAUACUUGUUGUUUGUGUUUGGUGACAUGGUAAGGCAAUCAUCUAUCAGGCAUACAUAAUGUUUUCCAUGAAUGGCUUUUGGAAGUGUCCUCCUUAUAAUAGUCUACUAGAUACUAUUUUUCUUGAGGCUACAUGGCAAGUUGCCUGUUUCUAAAAGGUGCAAGAAAUCUGAGCUACAAUUUGGAUUGUGUGCCUUUAUGAGUACUAUGCUGCCACUACCCUAAUCUUACAGUUUUACCAACAUCAUAGCGGCCAAGCCCCUAUCAACUGGGAAACAUUUUUGGUCAUGUGCAUUAUGUCUUACUUGUUCGGUUAGCUUAUGUGGGAGGCGUAUACAUCUUGCUCCUUCCACUCUAGCAAUUUUAUUCGUGUGGGCUGUGGUUAAGGUUCAGCUUUCUGUCAUAUCUGUCAUGAUUAGUUAGCUGUGCGCUUUCUCCUAUUUUCCCCAACGUUCUUUUGUUCUCUGUUGUCCUGUUUCACAAAUGUGUACUUAUCUCUUUUCUUUUUCUCAAUUUAUUUAUCAUCCAACCGCUGCACAUUGUCAACACAUCUUCAAUCGUGGAAGGUUUAGUCAUAGGUACCUUCCUUAAAAUUCAGCGGUAUCAAUUAUAUUCAGUUCAUUAAAUUGCUCCCUUUUUUACCCAAUAGCUGAUCCACAUUGUUCAUAUGCCUUAGUCGCACGAGUUUCAGAGAUAAGAAUGCUUCUAUAUCUUUGCCAAUGCCUAACAUGAUUUGUUAGCUGCAUCACUUCUAUAUUUUCCACAUUUUUUCCCCUUCUCUCACUGGAAAUCCUAGAUACUUUUUUUCUUUUUGGAUGAUCCACAGAAAACUGUAAUGGAAGGUUUGGUUCCUGGUAAUAGAGUGGAACAAUUUAGAGAUCAACUGAAGGAAGGCUCUGUAUACACUAUCGCCAGAUUUGAUUUAUAUGAUCCAAAAAAGAGUUACCAGUCAGUGGACCAUCCUUUGAGAAUCUGUUUCACUAUGACGACUAAUAUAACGGAGGUCGUGCCACCGCCGGAGAAUUUUCCUAUGAUCGCCGACAAUGCUCUUCCUUUCAGCAUGUUUUCAGAUCGCAUCGAUCGAAAUAACGUAUUACCUGACAUUGUUGGAUCAGUGAACAAAGUUACAGAUAUACUGCCUCCAUCUGGGAAAGCUAAGAGUCAUAAAGGGCAAGUGUACAUCACAGAUGGCAGCGAACAUGCUAUUGUUACCUUAUGGGGUGAGCAAGCUGAUUUAUUUGAUGCUGAUGGAUUUUUGGAGGCAUCAAGUGAAGAACCUGUUAUCGUUUUAUUUGUUGGCAUGACAGUCAGUCAGUACUCAGGUGCCUUCAAAAGUACAUCCGUCACAAGGUGGCAUGUUAAUGUGCCAAUUCCAGAAAUAGCUGCUGCUCGAGAACGGUUUGUCUUCCGAUUAGUCAGCGCUCGCAAGAGGUCUAUUGCCAUUUGCUGUUUGUUUAGUAACGUGCGUGCCGUGCACAUGCUCCCAGUCAAAACAUUUACCAUGGCGUAUCGAGCUACAAAACGGAAACCAGAAUCGCGCUGAGCCAACUGUAUCAGCAAUCACAGAAAUAUCAACAUUCAAACCAAAUGAUAUAUGGGUGUGCGCUACAAGAUAUCUGUUAGAAUCACUGAAGUUCUCACAUAAAAUGGGUGGUAUUAUAUAAACUGCACAGAAUGCUGGAAGAAAUUAACGUUAGAGGAUGGAGUUUACAAAUGUCCUCGGUGCCCUACAGCCUCUGCCAAGGUACAGAUUCAUUGUCCGAGCAGUUGACGCUGACUCAGCAGAUAUUCAGACUGCAAAAUUGGCUGACUUAUAUUUGUUGGGUCCCCGAGGAGCUAUUGUCCUUGGAAAAGAGAGGACAAUCCAACGCAGUGCCCCGGGAUUUGCUUGCUGUUGUGGAAAAAGAGUUCAAUGUCACUGUCACCCCAAGGCGUGAAUCAUUAGACUUGUUGUGCAGUCACCUUUAAAUGCAGAUUGCUGAACCAAUUAUCGAGGCCAAUGUAACCAUGCGACAAGGCAAGACUGAUCCUGCAGCAAGUCAAAACAAUGAGAGUCCCCCCAUUCCUCAAGCUCCAAACCAGGUUCAGGCACUGGUGAACCUUCAACUCUGCCGCCGUCUAUGAAUCCUACACCAUGAAGUGUACCAUCAUCAGGUUCUACAAUCGAUGAGGUAGACUUGGGUUGUCCUAAUAAAACAUCUUUCGUUGGCUUUCUGACGAA